CCGGCCCGGCCCUGCCCUUCGCUGCAGAGGGACGGCCGGCACCUCCAUUGUUCCCGGCCCCUCACCACCCCGGCCGGGAGCACCCACCUGCCCACUGCCCACCUGCGGGUGGACUCCCCUUCUCCUCCCUGCAGAGCCGCAGCCCAGGAGGCAGGGACCUGGUCUUCCCACCGCUGCCCUCCGGGUCCCCCUGCAACGAGGCUGGUGGGGCAGUUUGGGCCGAAGCCAAGCCUGUGUCCUGGGCGACAGGGCCAGCACAUCUCGCCCUUGGACUCCACAGCCAGCAGUGGCCAGAACCCAGGGCCCGGAGCCGGGGGCAGGCAGACGCCAACCUGUAACCUCAUCGGUGCACCCGGGCCUUCCGCUCACGUCGUCUUGGGGCUUCCCGCCGGUCUGCGUACCGGAGCAGGCGGCAUGCAGGCCACAGAGACAAUCUCUACAAGGAAGGCCUCACCAAGGGCAGACAGAAUGCAGAGACCAUGCUGGCCCUGAGGGGCACCAGGCCCCACAGUCACCAUGGAAACAAGAGCCAGUCACACGGGGGAUCCCAAGCCCAAGACCCCAGGAAGCGCGCCGUCCCCUACAGGCCCACAGCCACGGCCGCUUCAGCCACGGCCGAGGACGCCGGGCACUGCCCCCUUGGACCCGGGUCAGCACCAAGAGAGGCAAGCAGUCAAGGAUCAAAGGGGUCUGGCGGAGCCGCCCCCGGGAGCCAGGCUGGGCCCAUGAGAGACCAAUGGGGAGCAGCCGCGUGGACGGGGCCCUGAGUCCGCUGAGCCAGCCGGACCAGGAUGCAGACCCUCCAGAGGACACGGGCGCUGCCAAGCCCCGGGCCGCCCUCCUGGAGAGGCACCUGCUGGGCGGGGAGAAGCAGCCACCCAGCACGGGGAGUGGCCCCUUCUUCUACAUCGGAGGCACCAACGGGGUGGCCAUGUGAGUGGGGCCCCCGGCGGGACCCAGCCCCACGGCCCCCAGGGCCCAGUCCAGCCUGGGCUCUGCCUCUGAGGUCCCCUGGUCCCCUCCCUGGCAAGCCCAUCCCCCAGGUCCUAAGGCCCCAGCGUCAGGUCUGCCCCGGGCCCCACAGAAUCAGCUCCUACUGCAAGAGCAAGGGCUGGCAGCGCAUCCAGGACAGCCAGCGCGAGGACUACAAACUCAAGUGGUGCGAGGUCAAGUGUCGAGACAGCUACCUCCACUUCCGAGAAGGUAGCCGGGAGGGGCGGGCUCGGGGCGUACAGCCAGCAAGGACCCCCGGGCCAGGGCCUGGGAGCGUGGCUGCCCCCUCCAGCUGGGGCCCUGCAGCCGUCCCCCGCGUGCUGCCCAGGGCUUUGUCGUGCCAGGUGAGCAGCUGCUGUACCAGCUCCCCAACAACAAACUGCUCACCACCAAGAUCGGGCUUCUCAACGCCCUCAGGGAGUACGCCAGGGUCAUCAACAGGGUCAACAGGACAUCGCCGUGCCCACAGGCCAAAUCUGGAAGGGACCCCACACCCGCUCUGGAGGAGCCCCCACGGACCAGCCCAGGACCCCUCGAGUCACAAAGAGACCUACCGUCUGGACAUCAGGGAGGAGAGAGAGACAUUCUUCGGCCUCUUUGAUGAAACCCAGACGUGGAUCUGCAAGCCCACCGCCUCCAACCAGGGCAAAGGCAUCUUCCUGCUCAGGAGCCAGCAGGACGUGGCCACGCUGCAGGCCAAGGUCCGGAGCCUGGAGGACGACCCCGUCUACCGCCGGAUGCCCUUCCGGACGCCGCAGGCCCGGGUGGCGCAGAGGUACAUCGAGAACCCGCUGCUGCUGGACGGGAAGAAGUUCGACGUGCGCUCCUACCUGCUCAUCGCCUGCGCCAUGCCCUACAUGGUCUUCUUCGGCCACGGCUACGCGCGCCUCACCCUCAGCCUUUACGACCCCGAGUCCCAAGACCUCAGCGGCCACCUGACCAACCAGUUCAUGCAGAAGAAGAGCCCCCUGUACGUGCUCCUGAAGGAGAACACGGUGUGGAGCAUGGAGCAGCUCAACCGGCACAUCAACGACAAGUUCAGCAAGACCAAGGGCCUCCCCCGCGACUGGGUCUUCACCACCUUCACGAAGCAGAUGCAGCAGAUCAUGGCCCACUGCUUCCUGGCUGUCAAGUCCAAGCUCGAGUGCAAGCUGGGCUACUUCGACCUCAUUGGCUGUGACUUCUUGAUCGAUGACAACUUCAAGGUGUGGCUGCUAGAGAUGAACUCCAACCCCGCCCUGCACACCAACUGCGAGGUCCUGAAGGAGGUGAUUCCUCGCGUGGUCAUGGAGACCCUGGACCUGGCGCUGGAGACCUUCCGGAAGAGCCUGUGCGGCCAGAGGAUGCUGCCCCUGCUCUCGCAGCGCCGCUUCGUGCUGCUGCACAACGGGGAGGCGGACGUCUGGCCGCGCCGGGGGAACUGCCGCCACCACCCGCGCCCGCCGGCAGCCAGCGGGGCCGCCUCCCCCGCGCCCCUGCUCCGCGCGGAGAACCGGCCGGGCGCGCGCAGGCCGGGGGCGCCCCACUCCGCGCAGGAGCGCGUCCGGCCCCGCGCCCUCGGCCCCGACAGCGCACGGGGCGGGGAGCCCGAGGCCGGGGUCACCGAGCCGCCGCGAGCCGACAGCGGGGACCCCUCGCGGGAGCCCUCCCCGGCGCCGGCGGACGAGGACGGGCCGGAGCGCAAGCCCGAGGACCACCGCGGCUCCUAGCGGGCCCGCCGCCCGGAGACCUAUAAAGGCUACUUUGUUACAGACGGGCUCCGAGCGGAUCCCGCGGCCGCCGCGUCCAGGCCGCGCCCCUGGGGCUCCCCCAGACCCAGGCCCUUCCCCUGCCCGCCCCUCCUCUUCCUCCACCGCCGGGCUGGGACCUGCCCUCGGGGCGCGCAGGGCGGAGGGAUGGGGGGGGUCUGUCCUGCAGGAAGGGGCGGGGCCCCCACAUCCCUGCUCUGCGCCUCCCGGGAGGCCACGCCCCUUCCAUCACCGCGUCCCUCGCCCCCGGGCCGUCUGCUUGGCUGUGGUCCCCGGAAAGGGGUCCCCUGGAUCCCCCAGGAGGCUCCCUCCGCCCCGGACCCUGCGCUCCCGCCACCAGCCGCCCUGACUUCCAGGAGGUGAGGCCGUGUGCGGGGCCCGGGAUCCAGGCAGGACCGCGCCCCGAAGGACGGAUGUGCGGGGCCAAUGGUGGGCCCACCCUCGCCACUGCCUGAGCCUUGGCGUUUCCCAGGGGCCCAGCCCCAAGGUUUCGGGGGCCUCGGGGCCUCUGGGGUGUCCUAGCACCUGACCACGGAGCGUCCAGGGCCAGCCACCCCACACCCAGCCCAGUCCGAACCCCGGGGUCCCGACAGCUGGCCCCAGGCCCGCCCCUGCUUGCAGCCCUCCCCCUGCACACCCUCCCAGCGGGGACCCUCACAUGCCUGCCCACCCCUCCGAGUGGGCGCGCUGACAGCACCCCCAAGUCACACACACUCCGGACCUCCCGCCCCCACUGCUGACCUGGAAUUCAGCCCACCGCCCGUGGCCCCAGGCAUGUGGGAGGGGCUGCGGUCCCCCUUCUGCGCUGGGCAUGGGAGCUCUGGCCACAAGCAGGACACCCCUGGCCCCCCACCAGGCUCUGGCUCCAAGCGGCCGUGCGCCCCUGGCCCCCGGACACCCCAGGGGCAGGCAGCUGCAUUCCUCGGAGUGCGUCGGCCCUGGCACCACCAGAGGGCGCCGUGCACCGCUGUCCCCUGGGCCCGGGAGAGGAAGGAGGAACUGGGACUCAGAGGUAGUGCCCCCCUCCCAACCCCCGGGCCUCAGAGCUGGGGAGGGGGAGGGGGGGCAGGGCCAGGGUCCAACUGUCACUCACUCACAGCCCGCCCAGCCUCUGCACCUGCUGCCCCCAUCCUGCCCCAUGGCUUAGACCAGGGAUGGCGAACCUUUUGAGCUCGUGGCGUGUCAGCAUUUUGAAAAACCCUAACUUCACUCUGGGGCCGUGUCACAUGCAGAAAUUUUUUGAUAUUUGCAACCAUAGUAAAACAAAGAUGUAUA